AUGGCGACGACUUCACAGUCACAGGCGCUCGCGAAGCGUAACUCAGACUCGGCGCUGAUGCCACCGCCUCCGCCGCCAAAACGACAAAAGCGGCCAGCCAAAGUUCUGGACGAGGAUGUCUAUUCAGAUGCGCUGUCCCAUAUUAUCGCGCGGGACUUCUUCCCAGGCCUACAAGAAAGCGACGCUCAAGAGGAAUACAUGGCGGCACUGGACAGCAGCAACAGCGAUUGGAUACGAGAGGCGGGGAGGAAGUUGACCCAGGUCAUGACUCCUGGUCCUGAUGGACGACGAAGACUGGGCAGAGGGACAAGUUUUACACCAAGGAGAAGUACUGCCGUGCAAGAUACCCCGAGGGGUUAUGUGGGCGAGACUCCGAGUCGAACACCUGUCAACGACGAUUUUGCCCCAGAGCAAAAACCGGAUGUCGAUGUCAACAUGUCUUUGGGAGCCUUCCAAGCAAAAUACACAUCUGAAGACAAUGAGAGCUUCAACGCUCUCCUGGACAAGCAAAACGUGAAGCGGGCGGCGAAGUACGGAUUUUUCCAUCAUGGCAACAAGAUACCCACAUCCCGCCAAAUCGCAUACCGAGCAAGAGAACAACAGCUUUUGGAAAGUGGCGAGGGGGCGUCAACAGCACUUGUCACUAGAAAUGGUGCCGGCGAGGAACGGCAGCUCUUGGCAGGGAACAGACCAUCGCAAGACCUAGACCAAAGGCCGGCUUCUGUGGACAGCUUCCCCAAUCGACAAGGACCAAGAAAUCACUUCAUGUUUGGCCCAGAAGGUGUAGAGGAUGAGGUGGCUACUAAGUCACAAGAAGCCCAGAACGCCUCGGUCGCGCCCCCAAAAGCUGUACAGUACUCUGCUACUCGCUUUCAAGAAGCAUCCUCAACGCCUGCGAAAAUCAUCCCUCCCAGCCCAUCAGUCAGCGCGAUCGAUGCGGCAAUCGCUGGUAGACCGAAGCCAACGGAGUCAGAGUCCGGCUACAGCGGUGCAGAGACGCCUCGGAUGAAUGGCUACGCAUUCGUAGAUGCAGAGCCUACGCCCAGCGAGAUUGGUGUACCUGUGUCAGAAGAGGAAGCUGAUAUCGCGGAACAAGAAGCCGCAAAGCAGUUCCUACCCAAGGUCGACGAAGGUGGUCCUAAUCUAUUCAAAAUCACUGAGCGAAGCAAGCGUGAAGAUUUGCACCACAGGCUGGUCGAACAAGCAGAUGCCAGCCGCAGGAAAGGUGGCAGAGUCGAUCAACUCAGAGGCUUGGGGAUUACGCCAGGACGAACGCCUACACCGAAGUUCGCGAGCGGUGCAAGCAUCAAGAAAGGUGCCGGCAUGACGCCCGCCGCCCAACGACUUGCCGAAAGAAUUGGCACUCCUCGGCGUGAAGGGGGCAUGUUUGACUCGGCACGCAAAGACUGGACACCGACUCCGCGAGUGAAGAGGAAGACGUAA